AUGCCUGCAACACAACGAUCCAGAAGUCUCUCUCAAAGCCCUGAGCCUUCAUCGAAUAAGAGCAGCAGUUGCUCUACACCACCAAAAAAGAGUAAAGCAAGCGCAAAGGACGCCGAGUGGUCUGAGGUAACAGACCCAGAAGAGAGAAGAAGGAUACAGAAUCGCAUUGCACAACGCAAGUUCCGUGGCAAAGUCAAGGAACAAAAAGAGAGAGCAGAGCGUGAAGCAAAAGACAAAGAACAUGCCGGCAACAGCUACCGCAUUCCCGAGCCAGACGACGUGGAUACAGAGCCAGAGCCAUCAGGUCUACCUUGGGGUAGUGUGAGCCUGAGCCACAUCGUCUCUCGAGGACAUGAGGCCGAAAGCCGUAAGAGUAGCGGACAGGGAACGCACCUAGAAGACAGCUUUGUCGCUAGAAAUUAUUCUUCGUCUUUCAGCUCUGAGGUGCGCCAGACUGCCAGUUAUAGCAGCGGCGGAGCCAACGAUAGCUACCUGGACGAGAAUACCUACGUCUAUGAUGGACCAGCUUUUGGCCACCCCUAUCCCAUCUUUCCAUGA